AUGCCGGGACCUCCAGAUCGUCUCCCUCUGUUGACAUCAUUGACGGGCGACAUCAUUCACACAGGCGACAUCAUUCACACAGGUGGCAUCAUUCACACAGGUGACAUCACUGGUACAGUUGAUGUCGUUGCCACAGGUGACAUCAUUGACACUGGUGACGACAUUGACACAGGUGACGUCAUUGACACGGGUGACAACAUUGACACAGGCGACAUAAUUCACACAGGUGACAUCAUUCACACAGGUGACAUCAUUGACACAGGUGACAUCAUUCACACAGGCAACAUCAUUCACACAGGUGACAUCAUUUACACAGGUGACAUCAUUCACACAGGUGACAUCAUUCACACAGGUGACAUCAUUGACACAGGUGACAUCAUUGACACUGGUGACAUCAUUCACACAGAUGGCAUCAUUUACACUGGUGACAUCAUUCGCACUGGUGACAUCAUUCACACAGGUGGCAUCAUUGGCACAGGUGACAUCAUUCACAUAGGUGACAUCACUGACACAGGUGACAUCAUUGACACUGGUGACAUCAUUGACACUGGUGACAGCACUGGCACAGGCGAUAUCAUUCACACAGGUGACAUCAUUAACACUGGUGACAUCAUUGACACUGGUGACAGCACUGGCUCAACUGACAUCAUUGACACAGGUGACAUCAUUGACACUGGUUACAUCAUUGACACUGGUGACAUCAUUCACACAGGUGACAUCAUUGACACUGGUUACAUCAUUGACACUGGUUACAUCAUUGACACUGGUGACAGCACUGGCUCAACUGACAUCAUUGACACAGGUGACAUCAUUGACACUGGUUACAUCAUUGACACUGGUGACAUCAUUCACACAGGUGACAUCAUUGACACAGGUGACAUCAUUGACACUGGUUACAUCAUUGACACUGGUGACAUCAUUCACACAGGUGACAUCAUUCACACAGGUGACAUCAUUAACACUGGUGACAUCAUUGACACUGGUGACAGCACUGGCACAGGCGACAUCAUUGACACAGGUGGCAUCAUUCACACAGGUAACAUCAUUCACACAGGUGACAUCAUUCAUACAGGCGACGCGCGUCGGACAUUUAGAUGUGCAUUUAGAACCAGCAAAUGA